AUGCCACGUUCUAGAUCAUGGGCUCUCGAGAAAGCAGCCUGGUCAACAAGGCCGCACCUUUUCCGAAGGCCCAUAGCUUCUGCAACAGCUCCAUGGCGACCUGCGGCGGUCCUUGACGAAUGGGUGCAGAAGGAGGCUAGGCCGAUCAGUCUUCGACAAUUGACUUUCUUCGGCCGUACAUUGACAGAGAAUCGGCUUCUGAGCUCAGCCAACUACGUUCGAAUGGAACUGCCUACAAGGCUUGCCCACCGCCUACGCGAUAUGCAGACGCUGCCUUUCGUCGUUGUCACCAAUCCUCACAUGUCACACGUGUACGAUUUAUACUACAAGGCUUUCGAGACACUACGAAGGAUAAGGGAGAUCAAAUCCGUCGAGGAUAACGAGCAAUACUGCAAAGUCGUCAGCGAGACUCUUCAGGAACACUUAACCGUGAUACCGAGGCUGGCUAUGGGGGUCCUUGAAUGUCAGGACUUAAUGCGGCCUGAAGAGAUGGACAAGUUCAUGAACACUCUGUUGAGAUCUCGAAUCUCUCGUAGGGUCAUUGCCGAACAACAUCUUGCAUUGACCGAAACAUUUAAUUCCCCAUGGCACUUUCCCAAUGCCAAGUCUCAAGUUGGCGCCAAUUCCGAAUUUGUAGGAGAGGUCUUCUUGCGUUGCAACGCUCGUGAAGUGGUCGAGGCAUGCUGGAACCAAGCGAGUACCCUUGCUAAAGAGGCCUAUGGUUGGAGCUGCAUACUGCCGGACAUCACAAUCGAAGGUCAUCUGGACGCUACCUUCCCCUACAUCCUGAGCCACCUGCAAUACGUCAUUGGUGAGCUUCUUCGCAACUCUAUCCAAGCUGUCGUCGAAGGACGGUCUGCCCUAAAUGACAGUCCACCCCCAAUCGAGGUCCUCAUUUGCGAAGCGCCACAACAUGUGAUCAUCAGGAUAUCCGAUCAAGGUGGCGGCAUCCCCAAUGAAGUCAUGCCAGAGCUAUGGUCCUUCAGCAAAGGGCCGCGCAGCCAAACGCAUCUGCGGAACCUUUCUCAGGUGCCUAAGAUGGCAGCAACCAUGCAAGAGCUGAAACCUCCAAAUUGCAGCUCCGACAAUUCCAGCACUAGCAAUAGAGACAAGAAACGAUCGUACGACGGCUCACUUGGCUCACUCACUUCUAGGCCGCCUAAUUUGAGGCUUGGGAUGGGGCUGCCCAUGAGUAGAGUGUAUGCGGAAUACUGGGCGGGACUUUUGGAAAUGCAUAGUCUAGAAGGCUAUGGCGUCGAUGCGUUUCUGCAGAUAUCUAAGCUGGGAAACAAGAAUGAGCAACUGAGCACUAGAGCAAGCAUGGACGCUGUCUGA